CCGCGGCGGUGUCUCGGCAGCCGCGCCCGCCCGUCCGCGCGUGUGCGGAGCGGCACCGGUAGAGCCGCGGCCCGGGCGCGCCCGGCUCCGUCACGGCAGACUCGCUGCAUCACCGCUGUCCCCGCAGGCAAAGGCGAGCCCUCGGGCCGAGGGCGGGGCUGAUCGCGGCCCGGCUGAGCUCCGUGAUCCGUGUGCGGCGCAUCCUCCCGGCUCUCCGGUGAUUCCCUGGUGUUAAAUUCUAGCUACAGUAUCUCAGAAAAUACAGCUUCAGCAAUGUCAUCACCCGGCAGCCCUUGCCCACACUUGGAAUCAGUUGGUGAGAUAACAAAGGAGGAAUUGAUACAGAAAUCUCAUGGCACUUGUCAGGACUGUAAAGUCAGAGGACCCAACCUUUGGGCAUGCUUAGAGAACAGAUGUACAUAUGUUGGCUGUGGUGAAUCCCAUGUUGAUCACAGUACCACCCAUUCCCAGGAGACAAAGCACUGUCUAACUGUCAACCUUACUACGCUCCGUGUUUGGUGUUAYGCCUGUAGUAAGGAAGUGUUCCUGGAUAGAAAAUUUGGAUCUCAUUCUCCACUACCAAAUGCAAGAUUGUCUCACCAAGCACAAGAAAACAGUGUGCAGGAUUUUAAAAUACCCAGUAAUCCCACACUGAAGAUCCCAUUAGCAGCUGUAUUUGAUGACUUGGAUAUAGAAGUUGAAGAAGAUGAAUUGAAGACCAGAGGUCUAACAGGAUUAAAAAAUAUUGGAAACACUUGUUACAUGAAUGCAGCUUUACAAGCUCUUUCCAACUGCCCACCUUUGACACACUUUUUUCUUGACUGCGGAGGCUUAGCCCGAACGGAUAAGAAACCUGCAAUUUGUAAGAGUUACCUCAAGCUGAUGACAGAACUCUGGCACAAAAGCAGGCCUGGAUCUGUUGUUCCCACUGGUUUAUUUCAAGGAAUUAAAACUGUUAAUCCAAUGUUUCGAGGCUACUCUCAACAGGAUGCACAAGAAUUUUUGCGUUGUCUGAUGGAUUUGCUUCAUGAGGAACUUAAAGAGCCAGUUGUAGAACUGGAAGAUGCCCAGCCUAUGAGUGUUGACGAGAGUAUGGAAGAAGAUAAGAGCCAGUCAGAYUUAAGCUUUCAGCCCUGUGAAUCCUGUGGUAACUGUGAUAAAACAGAAAAUGACACAAUUUUCAAACCUGUCUUAGAGGAUCCUGCAGAAACAACCAUGUUAAUUCAGGAUGAUGAUAACAACUCAGUCACAUCCAAAGACUGGCAGAAAGAAAAAAUAUCAAGCAACAAACUUAAACGAGCAAAUUCAAUGGAAGACUUGGAAAAAGACACAAACRCUACUUCAGAGACCACUGAAUUUUUAAAUAACCAAGGAACUGUCAAAGUACAAAUACACAGCAGAUUCUCAGAAUACAUCAAUGAUGUUCACAUGAACGACCUAUCUGCAGCCCAAACACCAUCGUCAGUGGAAGGCAUGAACACACGCUUAUCAAACAGUCCUCCAAAGUCAUUCCCAUCAUGCACUUCACUGGCACAAGUCCACAAAAAAGUUUCAACUGUAUCAUCACCAAAAAGGAAGAAGCGCAAGAAGUACAGAAGUGUUAUUUCUGAUAUAUUUGAUGGGACUAUAAUAAGUUCAGUCCAGUGCUUGACUUGUGAUCGGCUGUCUGUAACCCUGGAGACCUUUCAGGAUCUGUCCUUGCCUAUUCCAGGUAAGGAAGAUCUUGCUAAACUCCAUUCUGCAAGUCAUCAGACAUCUCUAGUCAAGGCAGGGUCAUGUGGAGAAGCGUAUGCCCCCCAGGGAUGGAUAGCCUUCGUUAUGGAAUACUUCAAAAGAUGUUUCAGGUUUGUUGUCUCAUGUGUUCCUAGCUGGUUUUGGGGUCCAGUUGUAACCUUACAAGAUUGUCUUGCUGCCUUUUUCGCCAGAGAUGAGCUCAAGGGCGAUAACAUGUACAGCUGUGGAAGGUGUAAAAAGUUAAGAAAUGGAGUGAAAUUCUGCAAAGUGCAAAAAUUUCCUGAGAUUCUGUGCAUUCAUCUCAAAAGAUUUAGACAUGAACUUAUGUUUUCCACAAAAAUUGGGACCCAUGUGUCCUUUCCCUUGGAAGGACUUGACCUUCAGCCUUUCCUUGCAAAGGACAGUCCAGCUCAAAUCGUGACUUAYGAUCUCCUGUCUGUCAUCUGCCAUCAUGGAACUGCCAGCAGUGGACAUUAUAUAGCUUAUUGUCGCAACAAUUUGAAUAAUUUGUGGUAUGAAUUUGAUGACCAGAGUGUCACAGAAGUAUCAGAAUCCACAGUKCAAAAUGCAGAAGCCUAUGUUCUAUUCUACAGAAAGAGCAGUGAAGAAGCCCAGAGAGAGAGAMGGAGGAUAUCAGGUCUGCUGAAUAUGAUGGAACCAAGUCUUCUGCAGUUCUAUGUUUCCAGGCAAUGGCUGAAUAAAUUCAAGACUUUUGCAGAGCCAGGACCAAUUUCAAAUAAUGACUUUCUCUGUAUGCAUGGAGGUGUUCCUCCACACAAAGCUAACUUCAUAGAGGACCUCGUUGUAAUGCUACCUCAAAAUAUAUGGGAUAAUCUGUAUAGCAGGUAUGGAGGAGGACCAGCUGUUAACCAUCUGUAUGUUUGUCACACCUGCCAGAUAGAAUCUGAAAGAAUUGAAAAAAGAAGGAAAAAUGAAUUGGAAAUGUUUAUACGGCUUAAUAGAGCAUUCCAAGAAGAAGAAUCUCCAUCAACAUUUUACUGCAUCAGCAUGCACUGGUUCAGAGAAUGGGAAGGUUUUGUAAAGGGUAAAGACAGUGAUCCUCCUGGCCCCAUUGAUAAUGCUAAGAUUGCAGUAACAAAAUGUGGCAAUGCUGUGCUAAAACAAGGUGCAGAUUCUGGGCAAAUAUCAGAAGAAACAUGGAAUUUUCUUCAGUCAAUCUAUGGUGGAGGUCCAGAGAUUAUACUCAGACCACCUGUUCCUCCAGUAGAACCUGAUAUAUUGCAAACAGAAGAGAAGAUUGAAUUAGAAACCCAUGGUCUGUAGCUAUUGAGAAAAAGCUGAACUUGUAAGGAAUCCAGCUUCCUUACAAAAUGCCCAAAACACAUUCCUAAAAGUUUUAUUGUCUUAUGUCUGUUGGAGGCACAGCUCAGUGGGCAUUACAUUAACUACAGAAUAGUAAGUUGAAAUAUGUAUUGCAAUUUGUUUAAAUAGCRGCUGUUUCUCUGUUUUGGAACGCAUGUGGUUUGUACAUUUUGGAAUGUUUGGUCAAUGGGAAAAAUGUAAUUUCUGGAUUUUUUUGCUAUAAGUCAAAAUCCUAUUAUAUCCUUAGACUUGAAAAACAGGGACAAAUUUUAGAGAUGUUCAGUAACCCUUCUGAUUSCUGAUUGGGCUUCUGAUAUCUACAAACUUUCACCUGUCUUAAUUGUACAGUCUUGACAGGCCUAGGUAUGUGAGAAGUAUAUUUUGAAUGGACUGUAAUCAAAGAUAAAGUAAAAGGAUUUUCAUUUCCUAAAUGCUCAGGAAAAAWUUGUCUCUUACUUUGCACUGUAAGUAUAUGAAAUGGGUAAUAUAUAAUACCCAAAUACUUAUUGUAUUUGAGUGGAUCAAACAUUAGUGUAGRCUGAAUAAUGUUUUAGUCAGCAAAUGUCAUAAUUUAUUACUACUAAAUUUUACAUCUUACCGUAGUCUUCUGUAACUCUAUAAACCUGGCUAGUGUCUUUAACAGUAUAUGUGGCAAAAAGAUUUAGUCUUCUCUAGGGUAAUGUUUGAGAGCAUGAAGUAUGAAAUGUAAAAUUAUUAUGAACAUGAGUGAUACAAAUUUCAGAAAAUUAAAUUGUCUGGUCUCUUGAAUUGCAUCCAUAAGCAUUUCUAUUUGAAGGAUUUUAUUGUAUUGUUAAAAAUUUCAUUGGCAUGAUGACCUUUGAUGUCAGAAGCUGGAUAAAAUGUAUAUAUUGCAAAACUUCAUUGAAUGAUUCAUAUUGGAAUGCAGAAUGGCACUUGCUCAUGUUUUUGCCUGAUAUUGUUACCGAAUAAGCAGCAUUAUUCAAGACGGGAUCAAUAAAAAAAAACAAAACUGUGGAAUAGGUGGGAGGAGCUUUCCUAAAUGUUUUUCAUUUAUUAUACAGAUACAAAAACUCAGAAGUAAUGCUGUGGUACUGUUCUCACACCCAUGCAACUAUAUUUUUUGAUCGUUUUAGGCUGAAACAAUGAUGUUGACAGUUCUAGCUCCAAAGUAAGAAAAUGCUGACACAGCAUUCUUCUGGAUAGUUUUAUAUGUAGUAUAAAAAGAUAUUGGUUUGUAGGACUUCAARUUAUUUUAUUUUAAAAAGCCACCUAUAACAGCCCUGUUGUCCUCUAACCAAUACUAACAAAGUAUUUGUUAAUGUGAUUUUAUGUUAGUAGAUAAAGCAACUUGAAGUUAAUAGCAAGUUACCCCUGUAAUGUUACUUAGCACAAACUAGARCAGACUGACCCUGUAAAAUUUGCAAGAGAAAAAUGGAUUGAGUGUUAGGGGUAUCAGCUUGUCAGGGAAUGAAGCAGUUCUGUGCUGAGUAUUCUGGAUGUUAUAGCAGAUCAGACUAAGAGUUAAAACCCAGUGAUACCAAAACAAAACUUGUUCUGGGUAAUAGUAACAAAAGCAUCAGAUGUAAGGCACAGGAGGUAAUUAUUCUGCUCUACUUGGUGCUGUGCUUGUUGUGAGAUCUCAUCUGUACUGUUCCCAAUUUUGAAUGCUAUAKAAUAAAUACAAGUUGAGGAGAGGUUAUUUUAGGGAAGAGCAGCAAGGUCAGUGGUGAAAAAGAAGUUGUUUUCUUUCUUAAAAAAUGGUGAAAAUGCAACACUUCCAAUAUGUAAAUAAAUGCUGCAUAAGAGUGAACMAUUUUUUCUGAAACAAGCAGAGAGGUUUGCCUCAGCUUUAGCAUGGGGACUUGUGCUCUGUUUAAGAAGCUUAUUAGAAAUCUAGGAGUCUUCUAGUCAGKCUUUUCUGCUGGGUGUCUGGGAAUGCACAAUCAAACAUCUCUGAUACACACAGACAGAUUAGUAAGGGGACACUUUACACCAGUAGAGUUUGUGAAAUGCCUUUGUCACUGUGGAAAAAAGGUAUCUUCACACUGGAACUGUUUACCAUGCUUUAAAAAAAGUGAACCCCUGAGUUUGCAGAGAUAAAUAGAUGUGUUUUAAGACAUUUCCAAGGGGCUGACGGUCUUACUUUUAGCCCUCUGAGAGCUCUAAAAGGGAUAUUAUGUCACAGAAAUGGAAGUAGUCUUUUAAAGGAAGGCAGUGUAGGAGAACUCCAGAUGGAUGGCUUGUGUAUGCUGGAGGGAAGGCAGUGAUUCAGAGAAUAGGUAAGGGAGGCCUGUGAAAAGCUGUCAUGAUUCAUAGCAAAGAAAGAAUGCAUCUCAGGAAGGACCUGUGGAAAUUAUUUUUUUCCACGAGCCUUUUGCCAGACUCUUUGGAUUCUUUGUUCAUUUGUUUCCAGUUGAGGAAACACAGCAAUGUGUUUGGGUGCCAGAGAAACUGUCACUUCAAGAAGGGAAAAAUCCAGUGGACUCCUUAUUGUAGGCCUGGAGCUCUAGGUAUGAGCUGUUAAAAGCCUGCAGUUCAGUGUGGUAACUUUAAUCCUCUCUUCUGGGGAGAACAGUGAGUUUUUAGGAACUUAGCAGCUCAAAGUGUGGUUUCUCUAAAUUUCUGAAGGUGUUUUGCAGGUAAUGUGAAUAAUUGUCCAUCUGAAGACCCAGCAUCGAGGAGAGUGCUUCAURUACUGUGUAAUGCAGCUGAACAGUAUAAUUGGAGGGAAAAGGAAUAGCAGAAGAGCUACUGAAUUACUUAGUAGUAAAAUAAGGCAGUUUUGUAAUGUGUUUCAGAGGCGAGAGCUAAGUAGUCUGUCUACUCGAUGAAAACAAAAAAACUG